AUGUCCACGCGAAAGAAGGUUCUGUUGAAGAUCAUCAUCUUGGGCGACAGCGGUGUCGGUAAGACCAGCUUGAUGAACCAGUAUGUGAACAAGAAAUUCAGCAAUCAGUACAAGGCCACGAUCGGCGCCGAUUUCUUGACGAAGGAGGUCAUGGUCGACGACAAGCUCGUUACCCUCCAGAUUUGGGAUACUGCUGGUCAGGAGAGAUUCCAGAGCUUGGGCGUGGCGUUCUAUCGCGGCGCUGAUGCUUGCGUGCUGGUGUUCGACGUCAACGCCGGUCCUCGCGAUCCCGAGACGUUCCCCUUCAUCGUGCUGGGUAACAAGAUCGAUCUCGAGAGCUCGCGUGUGGUCUCGCAGAAGCGCGCACAGACCUGGUGUCAGUCGAAGGGCAACAUCCCUUACUUCGAGACCUCGGCCAAGGAGGCCAUUAACGUGGAGCAGGCUUUCCAGACGAUCGCCAAGAACGCCAUGAAGGAAGAGGAGGAUGUCGAUCUUGCCGGCAUUACCGACGCCAUUCAACUCGACAAGUCUGAGCCCUCUCAGUCGGGUUGCUCGUGCUAA